CCCAUUGUUCUGCUCACAUUUUGUCAUAAUCUGAGCACACUGGGUAUGAGUGGAUUAUGUCAUAACCAGCCACAGAGCACAUCACACGGUCUGCCGGAUGUUUCAGCUCCUGAUUUGGCUGGACAGCAUGCUGCUGGCUGUCGCCUUUGAGCGCAGUGUACUUGCUGAGCUCCGUCCUAACAAUGACUGCCGCCUUCACAGAGAGGCUCACUUCAGGCCUGUUUCAGCAGCACUGGGGUGCAUCUGUUUGACGAUCUGUCCUGCGAGGAUGUCAAGAAAGUCACCAGAGGCUCAGUGAGUAUAUGGAUGUAUAAUUAAUCUAAUAUUUUCAAAGCUAUUGAAUUAGGAUAGUAAGACAGUAUUAAUGGUGGGUGAAAAUCUUUAUGUAGGAACACAACAAACUGUGCACUUUCUUUAAAAAAAAUGCUGCACCUCUUCUGACUACUCUCUUCUAUUCUCAGAUUAGAGCUAAGAUAAAUAAUUAUCAAUGUAUGUAAUUAAAUAGACCCCCAAGGAGCUGUUGCUGGCCUUAUUUACAUUCCUCACUCUUGUAACUACACCUCUCCUAAUACUGCAGUUAUUGAAUAGUAAUUGAGUUCUGUGUUUUAACGUGAAUAACUGAAUCAACUUAAUAUAAGUGAUUUCAGUUUUUCCCCCACAGAUGUGUCAGAGAAAAUAUUAUCCUUUAACGCAGUAGAUCACUUUUGCAAAUUUCACAGAUGAGCUCAUGUUGAUGUAACCAGCCAUUGCGUUUUAUGAGGGGACGAAUGAUGGGCUUUUACUCUACAUGUUUUACUGUAGAGCAUUUCAUUGUUAAUUUAAGUUAUUUGAAUUUCAUUUGAAGCUAUAUUUAGAAUUAACUAAGAGUAACUGUCUUACCUGGUGUGUUUUUAUCGGUUAGGUUUUAUCACCUUGAAGUCAUGUGACUUUUGAGUCACUUUUAAAAAAAAAAACCACUUUUGCACAGUAGCCUGUUCAGGAAGGAAGUCAUUAAGCUGUCUCAGCUCUAUAGCACUCCUAAAGCUAUGAUAUGAAUAAAAUGUGAUUAAACGUUAACUUGUAUGUUACGCAGCUGACACACUCAGCCCAUCUUUGGUCGAAACACUGGUGUGUGUGUGAGACAGGAAGCACCAGUGUGGUAGAGAGUUCACACGCUGGUGCAAGCCUGCAAGCAUUUUCCGCUGAGGUGCAGUGGGAGUAUCUGCUGCAGGUCUACAGCGAGAGAGAGAGAGAGAGAGAGAGAGAGAGAGAGAGAGAGAGAGAGAGAGAGAGAGAGAGAGAGAGAGAGAGAGAGAGAGAGAGAGAGAGAGAGAGAGAGAGAGAGAGAGAGAGAGAGAGAGAGAGAGAGAGAGAGAGACUGCAGUAAGCAAGAAAGGGGAGGGAGAUAAAGGAAGUGAGCUAGAGAGAGAAAAAGAGAUAGGAGAAAGCUAAAAGUAAGAAGGUAGAGGGGAAAGAAAGAGAGACAGAGAGAAUUGGUGAGGUCCUUGUGAAACUAGAGUAAGUGGAGGUAGGAUCAGUUCACAGGAAAGAGAGAAAGCGAUAUGGGGUACAUAUGACACACUGACCACACACGCACACACACGCACACACACACACACACACACACACACACACACACACACACACACACACACACACAUACACUCAUUCUCUCUCUGAGCCUGAGAGGCACAGUGUGUGUUGUUGGUGCCAGUAUUGUCAGCAUGCUGAAUUUGGUGCAGAGCUCCCGGCCGCUGAGAGAGAAAAGUAGGCUGCAGGGAAGUUGUGUGCACGAGCUCAUCUCUCUCCCUCCGGCCUCAUCCUCUUCCCAGACCGUCAGCAAGUACAACUCACAGUACCAUAAACUCUUCCACAACGUCCCCAAGGAGGAGAACCUUUUGAAGGUGUACUCCUGUGCUCUUCUGCGAGACAUUCUGCUACAGGGCAGACUCUACAUCUCCCAAAACUGGCUGUGUUUCUAUGCCAACAUCUUUGGAAAGGACAUUAAGGUGUGCAUCCCCAUAGUGUCUGUUCGAUUGGUAAAGAAACACAAGACAGCAGGGCUCGUCCCCAACGGCCUGGCCAUCACCACAGACAGCAGUCAAAAGUAUGUCUUUGUGUCUCUGCUGUCCAGAGACAGUGUGUAUGACGUGCUGAGGCAGAUCUGUACACACUUACAGGUCAACGGCAAAAAGAGCCUCAGCUUUAAGCAGUACAUGGAGCAGCCAGCGUCUAUAUCUCUGGAUGAGUUUCCUGUCCCUGAUGAGUACCAAAUGACUGUGGAGGAGUUUACCCCAAUGUUGAAGUGGAGGAGGAAGCCGUCAGUGGCGUCUGUCUCCUCAUCCCUGCCUGAUCUACUAGGAAACUCCACCAGCAGCCUGAGUCCCGUGGAAACGUCGUUUCAGUCCAGCGAGCCUCUCCAGGAGAGAGCUCUAGAGUCCGAGAAGAUCCUCCUCACAGAGCCUGUACCAGAACUGGGCCAGAUGGAGUACCAGCUGAUGAAGUUCUUCAUCCUGCUAAUAAUCCUCCUAAUCGUGUCCUCGUGUUACCUGGCGUUUCGUGUGUGCAGUCUGGAGCAGCAGCUUUCGUUCCUCAGCAGCAAAGCAGCACUUCCCCUGCAGGAGAGGUAGCUGAUGGUGUCGGGACUGCUCCGACAUGAUGGACAUUAUGGACAUGAUGCAGGCUGUGAGUUUUGCUAGAGAGACUAAAUGAAGAUGGGAUGCAGCACUGCAGGUUUUUCAGAGCUGCUCGACUGGAGGAAGUGAACCACAGGUCAUGUAAUGAGCACUUUGGAGUAUCCGUCUGCUGGAACAGAAACGGGCCUUUGAAGGAACUACAGCAGGAAUAUUAUUUGUGAUCUAGUUGGCUCUUAAUGUCUGGGAUUGAACAACGUUCCUUCAUUCUUUGACUUGUUCAAGCACACAGUGUGAUAAAUGAAGGCAGGUAUGUCUCACUGCUCAUUGUGAUUGCUGCCUAAAGUCAUUAUGGAAUUUUGCAGGUGAGAAUAGAGAAAGAGUUAAAGGUCUAAACACUGAAGUGUUUUAAAUAUGCAAAUAUGACUUACACUCUCUAACCUGUCAAACUCCUGAAAGCUCCUGAAUUAUGACAUUUUUAUUUUUAAACUCUGCACAUUUCCAACAGUUUCAAUUCAAUUGUUGCUGAAUCGUUCCUCAUCACUACUGAAUAACAAGCUUUACAGGAGUUUACUGGGUUAAAAACUAAAUGUAUUUAUUUCCUCAAGCUGUAGCAUAUGUGUGUUGCUUUCAGGACGGAUAUUACACUCACCACACAUUAACACAAAAGCAAGCAUGCUUUUAUCAAUGUAUUUUAUAGAAGACAAUAAUGUGAAGCUGGAUCACCUGACUAAGUGCAUUAUACACAGGUUAUUCUGUUAGCAAAAAAGCUAAACAAACCUUUCUAACUUCUGCACUGUUUACUGUUUUCUCUCUCUCUAGGAAAUAUAAUCCUGUUUUAUAUGAACAUGUUUCUCAGUAACUGCUAAAUCUGCACAUUUACUGUAUGCUAACUGUGAAUGCAUUUUAUAUAAACACGUAGAAUAUGUUUAAAUGACACACUGAACCAAUACUUUGUGGGUGUCAAGGAUGAAAGUCAAUGGAUUUUAAGGGAUUACAGGAAUAAAGUGUAAUAGAACAUUACACUUAACAAGUAAUAUUUAUUAUUAUUAUCAUUAUUAUCAUUGAGAACUCCAGGCUGUAAUGUGAUGAUCAGGGUUUUAGUUUUUUACAGAUUUUCCAUGUUAAAACUUGCUGCUCACACUACAGGACGUUGCUAACCUUUCUGAACCUGUAAGGAAGAAUAUAUAUAUAUAUAUAUUUACAAGGAGAAAAGCCAUGUAUUAUAAUUUAUACAGUCGUCAGAGCAAGAUUUUACUUAAAUGCUUAAACCUCACCUUUGUGAACUGAAAAGUAGGAAUUAAUGCAGUGUUGAAAUGAAAACAUUUUCAAUAAAACAGAUUUUUCAAAUAA